CGGGAGGAUCAGCGGGUGUUUUGCAGCCGAAAUGUCGCGAACGGGACGAGUUUCACUGCCCUGCGGUAACGGGAGCGCGCCGAAGACGGAUCGCGAGAGUUUCUUAGCACAAUAAAUGCCUUUUAAGAAUCUGUUAUGACUCUCACUGCGCUUAGAGCGAUUUGCUUCAGUGUUUAGCUGCUGCGACUCGCAGUGAAAUUGAAUUAGGAAGAAGAACUAGUGUGGAGCGUUGGACUUUUUUUUUUUUUGCCCCGCGCAGUCAUGUCCUCGAAAGCGUGGCAGCAGCCUUAUGUGAACAUCUUCAAGCACGUGAAGGUUGAGGAAUGGAGGAGAUCCACCAAAGAAGGGGACGUCGCCGCUCUCACGGACAAGACGCUGAAGUCUGCCGUUUACCGAAUACGAGGAUGCAUCCCGGCAAGCAACUACAUCCUUUUGCCAAAAACCGGGACGCAGACGUUGGGGCUGACCGGGCGCUAUUUCUACCUCCUCUUCAGACCCGCUCCCUCCAAACACUUUGUGGUCCACGUGGACGUUGCCUCGGAGGAGAGCCAAGUGGUCCGCGUCUCCUUCUCCAACCUGUUUAAGGAGUUCAAGUCCACAGCCACCUGGCUGCAGUUCCCCUUCCUGUGCGGAGCCGCCAAGGGCUCCGUGUACGAGAGCACGGCCAGGACGGCCCGACACGGUGAACGACGCGACCGUCCCGACCGAACGCGUCUGGUGGGUCCCGCCCCAGCUUCCGUGCGCUGGACCUGUCUAGUGCUGGACCUCCGGUACAUCCUCUCCGUCUACCUCAACCGCCACUACAGCCACCUCAAGAGCAUCAGGCUGUGUGCCAGCAUGUCUGUGAAGAACGUGUUCACCAGCGAUAUCUUGUUCGAUCCGGGUUUGUCCUUUACUGAGGCCAAACAGGCAGGAGUAUCUCUGCAGGGAGCUUGUCCAAUGCCUCGGGAGAUGUGCUUCCCGGUGCCAAAGGGGGAAGAUUGGCAUGAUCUUUAUGACUACAUCAGGUUUCCGUCUACCGGAGCCAAAAUGCCUCACGAUUCCUUUCAGAGGGGGCGCACCAGUCCCGCUGGCAGUGGGACCUGCCGCAAGAGCCCCGUUCCAGAGUUGUGCCGCAGCGUUGACCUCAGCAAGCCCGUGCGGGACAGGAUCUCGGUCAUCGAGCAGAUGACCACGCCAAAACCGCGGCCCAGGCAUCGCGCUCCGCUCAUGACUACCAGGGUGCCUGAGCUGGGCCUGCCGUCUUCCGACGCCGUCGUCUCUGAUCUGCGGAAAAGCCAGAAGGUCCAGGCGGACUUCAGAACCUCGGAGGAGGAGGGUGCCGCAAAGACGCCGGUCGCUAGCGACGGGAGCGUGCACGUUUUCGCGCGCCGAGAGCAUAACUCCGCUGCCCAAGACGGGGACGGCGAAACGGAAGAGGUCGUGUCCACCACGGUCUCGCGUCCGCUGUCGCUGCCUUCCAAGAAGGCGUCGAAGCUGCGGGUGAGGACUCGGUUCGGAUCGGCGCCCUUCGACGCCACGCUCCCUCCGCUCACGCCUCUCGUUCCUCCCCAGAAGCUGCAGCCCGACCCCAUACUGAAGCUAAAGAGGAUUUUCGGUUUUGGAGGUCGCACCACCAAGUGUGCCGUUUGGACGAAGGCUGGAGAUGUGGUCUAUCCUUGUCACGCGGUGAUCGUUGCUAUGAAUGUUGCCUCCGGACAGCAGAGGUUUUUUAUUGGCCAUACGGACAAGGUGUCCGCGCUGGCGUUCAACGGCAGCAGCGCAGUGUUGGCGUCGGCGCAGGCAGGCACCCUGGGCGUCGUGCGUCUCUGGAACUACUCGAGGGGAGACUGCGUGGCCGUGUUCAAGACCCCAGCGCGCUCCCUGUCUUCGCUCAGUUUCUCGCGUAGUGGUGGGGUUCUCUGUGGAGUCGGCAAAGACAAACAUGGCAAAACGAUGGUGGUCGUGUGGAACACGCAGCGGGCAACGAAGGGCGGCGAAGUGGCGGUUCUGGCCAAGGCUCAUAGCGAUGUGGACGUGCACACGAUGAAGAUCGCCUUCUUCGAUGACACGAGGAUGGUGUCGUGCGGGAGGGACAACAUUCGCCUGUGGCGUGUGCGAGGCGGGAUGCUGCGCUCCUGCCCCGUCAACCUGGGCGAGUACCACACCCUGGACUUCACCGACGUAGCCUUUGAGGAGGGGUACUCUGCGGACAGGGAUCCCGAGGACCGCACGCUGUUCGCCAGCAGCGGGAGUGGCCACAUACUGGAGAUCGACUACAAGACCGUGGCGAUUAAGAACGUCAGGAGGCUGCUUCCCGCCCCGCAGACCCGCCACCAGCGUAGAGACAAGCAGACCCUCAGCACCGCUCCAGGGAUUGCGGUGAACAGCAUCAGCAUCUCCUCUGCCUUCUGUGCGACGGGCUCCGAGGACGGCUACCUGCGCCUGUGGCCCCUGGAUUUCUCCGCUGUGUUCCUGGAGGCCGAACACGAGGGACCGGUGACCUUGGUCUCCAUUAGCUCCGACGGGCUUGGUGUCCUGGCAGCCACCGCCACGGGGAACCUGGGCUACCUGGACGUGGGCACUCGUCAGUACAGCACCCUGAUGAGGUCCCACACCGACACCGUGUUGGGAUUCAGCGUGGACGGUGUCCACAGGCACAUUACCACCGCAUCCCGUGACGGCACGGUCCGCGUGUGGGACCUGGAUUCCAUGCAGCAGCUCUAUGACUUUGUGUCCGAGGACACCCCCGACACCCCCUGCUCCGUGGCCUUUCACCCGAGCGGACAGGUGUUCUCCUGCGGCUCCAGCUCGGGCACGGUUCGCGUCUUCAACAUCGCCGACUCCACUCUGCUGGCGGAACACAAGCAGCACCGAGGGGAGGUGAUCGGCGUCACCUUCUCCCCCGACGGGGAGUGCAUGUACAGCGCGUGCUCCUCGGGCACCUUGUGUCUCUACAACUCAUCCCAGGAGGACCACCGCAUCCUCAGAGUCCUUGGUAACGUGGUGGCACGAGGCAGUGAGCGUGGUCCCGACGCCCUCUCCGUGAGCAGCGACAGUCGCAGCCUGGCUUUUGUAGGCCCUUCCGAGUACACGGUGAUGGUGAUGGACGCUCGCUCCCUAGACGAGCUCUUGCGGGUGGACGUGAGCAUCCUGGAUGCGGAGAGCACCUCCCUGGAGUCGGCCGUGAGGGCGUGCUUCCCACCCGUCUCCACGGGACACCUGCUGGUCUCCACCUCCGCCAACAAGAUCCUGUGGCUGAGCGCCCAGACGGGGAGGCUGCUGAGAGAGGUGUCCAAGGUGCACACGCAACAGUGCUCCUCGAUGUCGGUCAGCGAGGACGGCCGCUUCCUUCUGACCGCGGGUCACAAGGCCGUCAAGGUGUGGGACUACAGCAUGCGGCUUGACGUGAACGCACAGGUGUUCAUUGGUCAUUCCCAGCCCAUCCAGCAGGUGGCCUUCACCCCAGACCAGCUGGGUGUGGUUAGCGUCGGCGACGCCAUCUACUACUGGGACUUCCUGGCCCAUCAACAGGAGUCAGCCUCCGAGAGGAGCUCUCCUUCCUUGACCAGCUCCCCUCCCGCCUUUAAGCCAGGUGAGCGUGUGGAACGACGAAGGCGGUCGGCCGCAAUCGGUAGGUUCGGCAGAAGCUUCUCUGAUGCUCGACGUUCGGAAGCCGAGCGGACCGAUACGCCGACGCGCUCGGCGCCCGCAGGAAGCCGGGAGUUGGACGUCAGCAUGUUGGCGCGGUGCGACGGAACGCCCCGGAAAGCCGCGCCCCUCCCCUCUUCGUCUCCGCCCUGCCUGGACGCCGGCUCUUCGCACAGCCCUGAUCACGAAGCUCUGGACACCCUGUCCCUUUGCGAGGACACGGAGGACACAGAGCUGGACACCCCUCCCCCUCCAGCGGGAGGCUCCUUCCUGCGUGUCACGGACAUGGUUGCCAAGGACGACCAGCGUACGCGCACAAAUGGCCUGCGCACCGCGACGGCUGUGCCGCACCCCGGUGAUGAACAGAGGGACCGGUCACCGGUUCGCCCAGAUGCCUACAGACACUUCACCCCUCGCUUCAAGAUGUUCUCCCAGGCUCAGUGCGCUGCAGCGCCCCCUGCUGGACAGGAGGGCUUGUUGCUGAAGGCAGUGAUUGGAUACAACGGCAAUGGGCGGGGCAACAUGGUCUGGAAUCCAGAUACAGGCCUGUUCGCCUACUCCUGUGGCUGCGUGGUGGUGGUGGAGGAUCUGCACACAGGCUCCCAGCAGCACUGGCUCGGGCACACGGAGGAGAUCUCCUCCCUGGCCGUGUCCAACGACGCACAGACCUUGGCUUCGGCGUCGGCGGGUCGCGGCGGCUCUCAGAGCCGCAUCUGCAUCUGGGACGUCAGGGACGCCGCCCGGAAAAACACCAUGUCCUACCACAAGGGGGAGGUGCAGGCCAUCGCGUUCUCCAGGGACGACUUGCUGUUCGUCUCCGUCGGUGACUACACGGACCUGAGGGUGGCGCUGUGGAGCACCGGGACAUACCAGCUGCUGAGCAGCAUCGCCGUGCCAGAGGCGCUCCACGACGUCGGCUUCAGCCCGACUUCCGCCGGCCACAUGACAUGCGUGGGCAGUGCCGGUGCCACCUUCUGCUUCCUCCAGUCUCGUGGCCAGAAUGUGGAGCUCAAGGUGCACAGGGUGCCCGUACCAGAGCAGGUGGGCGAGGUGGAGCUCACAGCGCUGUGCUACAGCACCGAAUCCAUCCUGUACACGGGCACAAACCGCGGACACGUCUGCGCCUGGGAGUGCGCAACCACGCGCUGCUUCAUGAGCUGGGAGGCGGACGAGGGCGAGAUCGGGGUACUGCUGUGCCGAGGGAACCGCCUCAUGACCGGCAGCAACACCAGGAGGAUCCGGCUGUGGGCCGUGACCGCCGUCCGGGACUUCCAGCUCGGGGGACAUACCCCGAGGAGCUCACAGGACAGAAGUGUCUCGGUGCUGAUGGAGCAGGAGAUGACGCUGGACGGCACGGUGGCGAGUGCCGCUUUCGAUGCCGCGAUGGACAUCGGCAUCGUGGGCACCACGGCGGGGACCCUUUGGUACAUCAACUGGGUGGAGAACAGCAGCAUUCGACUCAUCAGCGGGCAUCGCGGCAGGGUGAGCAGCGUGGUCUUCAGCCCGAGCGAGAAGCACUUUGCCACGUGCGGGGAGGACGGCAGCGUGCGCGUGUGGUCCGCCCCCAGCAACGAGCUGGUGGUGCAGUUCCAGGUGCUGAACCAGAGCUGCACGUGUAUCUGCUGGAGCGCCUUGCUGAGCCCCGACCGAGGAGACCAGCGCGUGGCAGCGGGCUACAGCGACGGCACGCUGCGUGUUUUCCGCAUCGCCACCUCCGAGAUGGAGCUCAAGCUGCAGCCUCACCAGGUCACCGUUACCGCGGUGCAGUGCUCGGCGGAAGGUCAGGUCCUCCUGUCCGGAGGGAAAGACGGCCUUGUGGCGGUCAGCAGCCCCCUCACCGGAAUGACCGUCCGCGUCAUAACGGAUCACAAAGGAGCUCCGCUCAGCACAAUCCAGUGUGUGACCAAGAAGCACAAGGAGUUUGGCCUGGAGGGAAGCGAGAUGUGGCUGGCGGCGAGCGCGGAUCGGCGCGUCAGCGUCUGGGUGUCGGACUGGACCCAAGAUAGGUGUGAACUCCUGGAUUGGCUCACCUUCCCUGCCCACUGCAGCCACGAGGAGCCGGGGAGUUUGCCCCCCAGCUUGGGUGCUUUUUGCCCCUGUGACCCAGGCGUGGUACUUUACACAGGGUAUGGUGCCGAGAUGGAGCUCUCAUUCUACAGCCUGUCCAAGAAGCAGUUCACCCGCAAGAUCGCCCUCUCUCACUGGGCAACGUGCUUGAGUCUCUCCCCCAGGAGUCGUCUCGUCGCGGUCGGUUCCAACGAACGGCUGCUGAAGCUCAUCAAGACGACCGACGGCAAGUUCCAGGAUUUCCCAACGCACAGUGACGCCGUACAGGUGUGUCAGUUUUCCCCUUCCGGAAGAUUCCUCUUCACCUCUGCCUACAAUGAGAUUUUUCUGUGGGAGGUGAAGGGGCUCUAGGCGGCGACGGAACUGGAGGAUCGACCUCUAUGGAGCUCAGAGCAGCAGCGGCACACCCACCUGUCCUGGGCCUCAGCAUCCUGGUUCUUGCAGGUGUCCAGAACUGACUGUGCACAAAUAAAUGUCUCGGAGAGAAGGACAGCACGUUUCCGAAGUUUCUGCAGCUCCUGGAUGGUCGUUGGACUGGUUUUUAUUAUGUGCACCAACGCAAACAAAAUUUUCACGAGUCCCUGUCUUUUAAUUAUUUUUUCAUCGCUGGCUCUGGCUAUAUGAAGUUUUUUUUUUUAUUAUUUUAUUUUUUAAAGAAAAUUUGAUUGUCGAACCCUUUUGCUUGAAAAGAGCCUCUCGGAGACGAAGAACAGCACACGGCUUUGGUACGGUGAGGGGGUAGUUACAGUUUGGCCUUUAUGCACUGUUAUUUAUGAAUAAGUUUACUUGCUGUAUGUGUCACCAGGCUGAGAGGCAGGAAAAACAAAAAAAAAAAUUAAAUUACUCAGAACGCCGUUUCUUUGUCACUGUGUUACGAUGAGGUCUUGAAAUUCAAUAUACUUCG